GGACUGAGUGAAUAUAAGAGAAACUUCAAAUGGAAAACCCCAGAGUUUUGUAGCCCAUCCCAACAGCAGAAAUCCUUGUGGGCAGGACUUCGGUCGGAUCAGUUCGGAAUCACAAGAGAACCAAACUUCAUUUCCAAGAGAAGGGUACCUUACCAUAAUCCACAGAUUUCAAAGUCCUUUGAAUGGACAGCAGAUUGUGAUUUGAAUGACGCACUUGAAACUGAAGCUCUUAGGACUGCAGAGUUGUUGCACACAGACCACAACAACAAUGAUGUGAAUCAGGAAAAAAUAGAAACGCCAGAAGGAGCCAGACUCCCCCCAAAAGUUUGGUCACAUUUGGUAGAGUCUGGAGGUGAAACAGCUCUUGCCCUUCCAGAAAACAACAUGAAGAGAUCACCCUCUGCAGCUCCGCCAAAUCAAAAUGAAGCAUUUGCAUCUCCAAAAAAGGAAUUAGAAAAAAUGAGUGACGGGCUUCACAGAGUCCUUCAGAGGAAAGCAGGCAUGAAUAUUUCACGUUUGAAUGCUUUCCCAAGAAGUUCUGAAUAUCAAAGCCAAUUUGUUUGGAAGAGUCCUCAUGAAAAGUCACCAAUACUUGCAGCUGAACAGUUUCUCUUCAAUUUUAAGAGGGAAGAACCGUUUCAAAAGCCAGCAGAAGAUGCAGCAAAACAAGGGAAAUCAGAACAGAAACAUCCUAAACAAAAAAAUAAGCAACAUAUCAGUCCAAAGCCCCUCUCUUUACAUACAAGUCGUGGGAAGAUGAACACUGAAUAUAGGUCAAAAUUUUUGUCUCCAGCCCAGUAUUUCUACAAAGAUGGAGCUUGGUCUCGUAUUAGGAGUAAGGUUCCCAACCAGGCAUCUCAAAACACCCUAAAUUCCAUGUGGUAUAUGGAGGUGAGAGAACUUCGAGAAAGAGCAAAGGCUUACAGGCAACGAGUAGAGGGAACACACUUCUCCCGAUACCAUCUCAAUCAGAUCCUGUCCGAUAAUAACAGUCUUUGGGAUGUGUCCUCAAAUUCCAGUUCAGAAGAAGGCAUCAGCAACAACAUCAGAGCACUAGAUCUUGCAGGAGUUUCUGAAAAAGAGACUGCACCAAGCCCCAAAAUACUGCAGCAACCUGACUCCAGAGAACAGCCACACCAGGAUAGCACUGAGAAGAAAGACAUGUCAGCUGCUCUAACUGUUCCAGUCAAAAGGCGUUUAGUUUGGAGUGAACAAGAAGGAACUGAAGAAAGGGAGAAUCGGCAAUCAACAGAAGAGGAAGAAAAACAAGACGAACAGGCUGCAGUCGUGGCUCAGCAGUUAGAAGAAAACGAUAAGGGUGCCAAUGAAGAUAAGAAAAUUGAAGGUGAGAAUGCCUUAGUAUUGAAUUCUUCUGCAGCUGUGUCAGAUUCUUCUUCUGCAUCCUCAAGGACAGGCGGCAGGCUCCCUACUCCGAAGCUGAAAGCGCUUGGUGGAGCUCAGAGGACUCAUCAUGAUCUCACUACCCCAGCUGUUGGAGGUGCGGUUCUAGUGUCUCCUCCUAAAUUCAAGUCUUCAUCUUCACAGCAGAGAACACGAGGUUUAGGAACAGACCCUUCUUCAGCUAAGCAAGGUGCAAGAGAAGCUUCAAAAAGAAGGUCCUUCCGGCCUGAUGUGGAAGUGGAAGCUGUUUCACUCCAUACCUCUCCACCUGCUGGGCUGGGAACUUUGGAUCCUCUGCCACUUAGGCAGGAUCAGUGGCCUCCUAACAGUGUUUCUGAUGAGCAAGUUCCUCUUGCUUCAGCCCAUCAAGAGUGUUCGUCUACACCUCCUGUGCUGAAGUCAGCCAAAAGCUGCUCUGUGCCUUGCUGGAGUCCCUCUCGUCGUAUUCAAGGGACUCUCAAGGAUCCAGAAUUCCAGCAUAAUGGGAAUGUUGGCAAUCCAAAAAUGAGAUCUUUCCAGUUACCCCUUCAGGAAAGAAACUAUAAUGAUGAAGAUGACAGGUUGUCUCAGAUUUCUGCUCGCUCGGCAGCAUCUAGCUCACUUGCAUCUCAGAUACUGGAACGAGCUCAGAAGAGGAAGGAUUUCUGGAGCAAGACAUAAUCUCUCCCACCUGUUGUAUAGAAACUGUUCUGUAAAAUUAUUUAUUUUUUAUAGUUUGUAGUGUACGUUUUUUAAAAUUGUGAUUGCAGAUAUCAUGCAGCAUCCUUUCACUUAUCACUAAUAUGGCCCAACUUUUAGGACUUGCCAUCCCAAUUUAAAAUUUCAAUAUUUAAACCAG